UCGCGCUCCCGAAGGCCUGGAUGGUGGGAGGCUGAUGUUGCUCGGGUGAGCAGAGGAUAGAUAGGCUGAGCCGCUGCCCUGAGCUUGGAGUUGCCCCCUCUCACCGCCUUUGGCUUACACUCUACCCCGCCAGUGCAGAUCUGCGACCUCUCGGACCCAAUGUACGUCGAGCCCUGCCCACGAGCAGCUGUGGGCGCCCCUCCCUUCUCGCUUCUCGGCUGCCUAGGCUCUCUAUGUGUGUAACCUUCCCGGGCCGCCGCAGAACUCAGGCCCCCAGGACACGAGCGGAAUCACCGAGGUUAAUUGCAGAAGCCAGGUUGGAAACUUCAAGUCAAGAUCUUCCCUCUCUUCCAUGCCCUUGGUGCCAAUGGCAUCCUCAUUGAAUAUGAAGACAUGUUUCCCUAUGAGGGCCCUCUACAGCUUCUGAGAGCCAGGCACGCCUACAGCCCCUCUGAGAUCAAGGAAAUUCUUCAUCUGGCCAAGCUACAUGAGUUAGAGGUUAUUCCCCUGGUGCAAACAUUUGGACACAUGGAAUUUGUUCUGAAGCAUGAGCAGUUUUCCCACCUCCGGGAAGUAGAGCUGUUUCCAAAUGCCUUGAACCCCCACAAGGAAGAAUCCCUGGCAUUAGUGGGUACAAUGAUCAAUCAAGUAAUGGAGCUUCACAGAGGCAUUCGAUGGUUUCACAUAGGAUGUGAUGAGUUAUAUUUCCUUGGUGAAGGGGAGAUGUCUAAACAGUGGCUGCAACAGGAACAAAACAGUAUGGUAAAACUGUGUCUGACCCAGAUGAAAGCAGUUGCCAGCCAUGUGCUCAUCCACCACCCCAAUGUGAAGCCCAUUGUAUGGGAUGACAUGCUCAGGGGUAUUAGUGAAGAAUGUCUUACAGGUAUUACACAACUUCAAAGUACAGACAUUCAUUUUCACUCUUAUGGGCAUAACAUUUUAUUAAUUUCUCAUAACAAUCAAAGUGUACAAAGUAGCAUAGUAGAUUGAGGUCUGACUUUGGAGCCAGGAAGACCUGGGUUCACGUCUAGCCUUUGACACAUACUAGUUAAUACCUAUGUGAUCAUGGGAAAAUAUUAACUUCUUCAUGCACGCAGGCAAUUAGCUAAGACUAUAAGCUACAAAUAGGUUAUCAAUCCACACCACAUAAUGAAAUUAGAUUUGAACAACAAAAUCAAAAAGAAGUUAAGGCAGGUUUUUUUACACAUAUAUCACAAGUGUAAUUGGUGAAUAAUAAAGCCUCUUGGUUAUUUAUUUGCACCAAUGUAUCUUAUCUAGGGAAAUGUUUUUCUAUGCAUAUAAAACAAAAUUUGAGAUUAUCCACUAAAAGGCAUUGUUUUUUAAAAUGCUUUUGCAAAAUAGAUGAAUGAAUGAAU